AUGAAGUUUCUUUGCCUCCCUGGUGCCUAUGGCAGCGCACAGAACUUCGAAGUCCAAUUCGGUCCUCUCGCCGAGGAAUUCAAGCGCCGCGGUCUCGGCUCAUUCGCCUACUCCCAAGGCACGCACGAAGUCGCCCCUCCGCCCGGCUGGGAAGAUUACUUUGGCAAACCGCCCCUCUACCGCUUCCUCGACGUAUCCAACGGCGAUGCCUUUGAGACUUUGCGCAGGCUGCGCCAUGUGCCGCGCGGGCUGAACCCCGAAGACACCAUGCGCCAGCUACAGGGCGCAACCGUAGAAGAGGACUGGCACCAGGAAGCCUGGCGCCAGGCUUUGGACGGGGUAUUCAAGACGCUGGACGAAGACCCGGAGAUCAACGCCAUUAUUGGAUACAGCGAGGGCGCAAUGGUAGCUGCUAGCGCGAUUGUCGAGGAGAAGGAGCGGUGUUUGAGGGAAAAGGGACGGGAGAGGAGGAUUAAGUUCGGCAUCUUCAUAGCCGGCGCCCCGCCCCUUAAAUUCGAAGGCAACAAGCGUAUCACAGCGCAACUCUUUGACGAAGUCGGCACCGUCAUCGACAUUCCUACUCUGCACAUUUUCGGGUGCGACGACGCAUUUCUUUCUUCGGCGGUAGCCCUCUUCAACGUCUGCGAUCCCCGCAGCGCGGUCAUGUACGAUCAUGGCUUGGGCCACAUUGUCCCCCGCGACGCAGAGAAUGUUUCGCUUUUGGGUACCGUGUUGGGGAAUUUGGUGCCUAAGGUUGAAGAGCAGAUUAAGCGGGAGAUGCACUUUACUAGGAAGGAUCGGAGGGAGGUGAAGAGGGAGGGGAAGUUGAGUAAACGCGCAGAGGCUGCUCAGGGGCACGCUUUAAGUCAAGGACACGGGCAGGGGAUGGGGCAGGGACUGGGACAACCGGGGCAGGGAUUUGGAGGUGGAGGACCGGGAGGAGUGAUGAGGCCGGGAAUGCACCAGCGCGGGUAUUCACACUUGUCGACUACGUCCGCCCAAGGGGGGAAUACUAGUUCUGAUCCGACUAGUGGGAGUAUCACGCCCGCAGAGGUUGAUUUUACUGUUGCUAUGCUGAGGAGGACGGAUGCUUAG